GCUGCGCGGGGUCCUCGCGCGCCGCCCACGUGGGCCCAGGCCGAGCCCGGUUCUCCCGGUCCCGCCGCGCCCGCCCGUGCCCGCGCCUCGCCGCGCGCCAUGGCCGCCGCCGGGGGGCUGCUCCUCCGCGCUGCCGAGUCCCCGGCCGCCGCCGCCCCCGCCCCCGCCCCCGAGACGCUCACGGGACCCCGCCGGGCCCAGGCGAGGCGGGUGAGUUCUGCCCCGGCUUCGGAGCCGUCCGCACCUGAGGCCCGGCCCGCCGCACCUCGCGAGCGGCCGCCUCGCCGCUGGCAAGCAGAGGCUACCAAAAGAAAGUACCGAGCAUCCAGUGAGGCUCCCCCAGCGAAGCGGAGGAACGCGGCGGCGUUUCUCCCAGCCAAGAAAGCUGCUGCUGAAGAAGCACAAAGGACUUUUAAGGGGAAGGCACAGAAAACAUUUUCUCCGAAUGAAUCUUUGGUUGGCGUGAGCGGUAAAAACCGAGAGCAGAAACCAUGCAUUAGGACUUCUUCGUUAUUUAAAAACAACCCCGAAAUUCCAGAGCUCCACAGACCUGUAGUAAAGCAGGUGCGAGAACAGGUGUUCACCUCAGACGCUUUUCACAAACUGGACCUCCACCCACAUUUAAUUUCCACGAUAAAUACGGUCUUAAACAUGACUAGCAUGACCAGCGUUCAGAAGCAAAGUAUUCCCGUGUUGCUGGAGGGCAGAGAUGCUCUGGUGAGGUCUCAGACGGGCUCAGGUAAAACGCUUGCCUACUGUAUCCCUGUGGUCCAGUCUCUUCAAGCAAUGAAAUCAAAAAUACAGCGCAGCGAUGGCCCCUAUGCCCUGGUGCUGGUGCCAACGAGAGAGCUGGCUCUGCAAAGCUUCAACACUGUCCAGAAACUGCUUAAGCCGUUCACCUGGAUCGUGCCUGGGGUGCUCAUGGGCGGAGAGAGGAAGAAAUCCGAAAAGGCCAGACUCCGCAAAGGAAUAAAUAUCCUUAUCUCGACUCCUGGGCGACUGGUGGAUCAUAUCAAAUCCACAAAGAACAUUCAUUUUAGUCGGAUACGGUGGCUGAUUUUGGAUGAAGCAGACAGAAUCCUGGAUUUGGGUUUUGAAAAGGAUAUCACAGUGAUACUCAAUGCCGUGAAUGCCGAGCGCCAGCAACGACAAAACGUGUUGCUGUCGGCCACACUCACAGAAGGUGUGACGCGGCUGGCUGAUAUCAGCUUGCGUGAUCCGGUCCGGAUUUCUGUCCUGGAUCAGCACCACGGGCAGUCUGACCCGGAGCGAGGCACACUUCCCGAGGUUUCCCCUCUACCACCUGACGAUGAGCUGGACAGCUUCGCGAUUCCAGGAAGUCUUGAUCAGCAUGUGACGCUGGUUCCCAGCAAACUGAAGCUCGUCUCCCUGGCGGCCUUCAUCCUGCAGAAGUGCAAGUUUGAGAAAGACCAGAAGAUGAUCAUCUUUUUCUUGAGCUGUGAGCUGGUGGAGUUCUAUUACCGCCUCUUCCUCCGGACCCUGCCAGCCUGCUCAGGGGCGCCCGCGUCACGGCAGCCACCAUCUGCCUCCACGAGAUUCAAAUUCCUGCGGCUGCACGGCAACAUGGAGCAGGAGGAAAGAACAGCGGUGUUCGAAGAAUUCUCACAUUCCAAGACCGGCAUCCUCCUCUGCACGGAUGUUGCAGCUCGGGGUUUGGAUCUCCCUCAAGUCACGUGGAUUGUUCAGUACAACGCUCCGUCUUCGCCUGCUGAAUACAUCCACCGGAUUGGGAGAACCGCCCGGAUUGGCUGCCAUGGGAGCAGCCUGCUCAUCUUGGCUCCUUCGGAGGCAGAAUAUGUCAACUCGUUGGCUUCUCACAAAAUCAACGUGUCUGAGAUUCACGUGGAAGACAUUUUGUCUGUUCUGACAAGGGACGGUUGUUUGAAAGGGAGCCGACGGGGAACCCAGGUGCUGAAGGGUGUUCAUGGUCAUCAUCAGCUAGUAGCAGAUGUAGAGUUCCAAGUCCAGACUCAGCGACACGAAACCCGGUGCUUGUUGCUGUGGCACCGGCGAACGUUAGCCUCUGCCUGCUGGCCAGAAAAAUCCCGUGCCGCUGGCCCCCAGGAAAUCCGACAGCGAGCCACGGUCUUGCAGACGGUAUUUGAAGAUUACGUGCACUCCAGUGAGAGGCGGGUCUCCUGGGCAAAGAAAGCUCUGCAGUCCUUCAUUCGAGCCUAUGCAACCUACCCCCGGGAGCUGAAGCACAUCUUCCACGUCCGAUCGCUGCACCUUGGUCAUGUGGCUAAGAGCUUUGGGCUGAGAGAUGCCCCCCAAAAUCUUGGUGUCUCGGCUGUAAAGAGAAGAAAAGGAAACCUGAACAGGCCUGACCUUCAUAAGAAGACCCGGGGUAAACACCGCCUUGCUGAAAUCUUGCGUUCAGAAUACUCAAGUGGGAUUGAGGCCAGCGUCGCCAAGGUCAAAAAGCAAAACAAACACGCGGCGCCCGGCAGCCAGCCAUGCAGAGCCAUCCGCACCGGGCGCCCAGCCUCGGCCGUGGGAAAACAGAAGCAGCACUCUCCGUGCAACGGAAAAACCCAGAGAGACUGACUGGGGGCCGAGACUUCCCAAAAAAGUUUUUUGGUUUUUUGUUUUCAGCUCUGCCUCCACAGGCCUGGGGCUUGGGGUGGAUCCUGGAGGCCCGGAGACCUGGGCUGAUGGCCCUGUUCUUGUCAGGAGCAUUGUGGGAAAGCCUGGUGCCCACCCCCCGCCCCCCUUGCCCUGAAGACAAGCCCCUGACCCAGAGAAGCCAGGCCCUUAUCCCGUGGGGGGCGGGGGUCAGCAUAGUGUAGACCAGCCAAUCAGUGCACCAGAGCUGCACCCUCCCCCCCACCCCCAGCCUCCAGCAAGAGCCUGGUGGUGUGAGUGGCAGCGGGAGGGCCCCAUCCUGCCUCCUGGUGACAGUGUUCUGAAGGUGUCUCAAAGUUUUACUUUAGUUGCCCCAUCAACACAUUGCUUAACACGAAUUUUGUAAAAUAGCGUUGUUAAAACUGGGAUGCAAUUUGCCAAAGAAGAGGGUAAAGAUCAACACGUUUUCUCGAUGUACAAGUGCUUUGUUCAGAGGGCUGACUGGUUUUGGCGUGGGUCGGAAGCCUCCGGGUCCGUCCGAAGGCAGCUCCAGGCCCCACGUCGCAUUCACGUGCCUGGCCGCCUCUUUUAUGUCCUCGGAAAACUUCCUGUCUCAUGGCUGAUGGAUUUACUGGUGCCUUUUUUAUUUAUUUAUGCUUUUUACUGUUGCCUUUCUAUUCUUUGCCUUUGAAGUCAAAAGGCUCCAGUCUCCCGAGCAUUUUCUCCCAUAAAGUCCCAUCUUGCCUUCAAGUCUGGGGUCCGGGGGUCCUUGUAGUGUGGCCCAGGUCACAGCUGUCCCUCCCCCACUGUGUUGCCCCAGAGGUUUGAAAGCGGCCCCCCGGGGGCGGACCGGUUGCCAGAUUUGGAUGCGGGGAUUCCAGAGGCGUCCGAAGGAGAAGGGCCAGAGCUCAGCACCUCUGUGCCGGGAGGUGCUUUGUUCUCUCUGUCUUCUCGGGAUUCCUCGUCUUCCAACUCCUGUGAUGGAUGAUGAGGCCCCCACUUCAGUAACCAACCCUCCAGAUCCACAGGAACCAAGUGGCCAGGAGCGGAUGAGAGUGCUGCGAGAUGGGCGGUCUGCAGGGUCCACAGAGGGGCCAGCGUCCUUGCCUCCGACCCUCUCUGGCAGUGGAGGGUAGCUCGCACCGACACCAGAGGCCCCAGGGAGAGGGCGAGUGUGAGCCCAGUGAGCACUAAUCCUCUGCGGGAGGGAAAAUAGGACCUUCUCACGAGGGCUGUCACAUACGAAUUCUUAGGGACGGUUGGUGAAGUUUCUAACAACAACAACAGUAAUAAUAAAGCCCUGUAGCACUUGUCAAGCGGA